UGUCUUGGAAGAUUGAGAAAUAUAUUAUUCUGACUUUUUAUUUUAAACUGUAUUGGGAAUUCCUUACAGUGUAAUGCUUUUCACAAAUUCGAAAUUUUGUGAUAUCUGGAGCAUAGCAUUUACAAAAACCUUAGAUUAAAUAUAUUCAAUCCUAAAAGGUAUCAACCAUUUCUAUCCAACGGGGCUUUCCUGCCCCCCCUAAAACCUCAGAAUGUUAGAAAAAGGAAGCCCCAGGAUUUCAUAUUUGGCAUUAGACUUUAGUGUCCAGACUUGUACACAAGAAUAUUGAAUAAUCAAGAAAAAAGGUGCACACAGGUUCUUACCUGGAAUGAUGGAUUGUAGCGAUCAAGUUUUUAGUUUUUAGACAAAUAUAUGCUUCUCUUUUAUAUGGUGACGAGCAAUAUAGAAGGAUGUUGGUCAAAAGGUUUUAUAGUGUAGCGCCAUAUUUUGUGAGGGAUGUGUUCUCCAAUUAUCAAAAGUUCAGGUAAUAAUAAAGUGCAAUUGAUUUGAAUCACAAGUAUGCGAUUUUAAAAUUAUCUUUAAAUUUUAAUUGAUUGUAUCUCUAGCAUUUAUAAUAUUUAUUUUUGUAUAUCUGUAUCUUUUGUGUUUGCUUAUUUGUAAUACUAGCAUUUUCUUCUUAUUUACUAACGUUCCCCUUUUGUGGUUUUCUUGACGUACCAAGAAAGGUGACAAAGAUAAAAGAUUAAAUGUGUAAUCCAUGUGUAAAAACUAGAAUAAUACUAUUUCUGGUUGCCUGAUUUACUAAUUUUUGGAAAGUAUUUCUAGUUGGCUGAUUACACAUGCAUUCUCAUAACUUUUAUAUCCCUAAGUCUUUUCCCUAACAAAUAUAACAUUGCCUAUUAUCAAAUGAAAAUAGUAAAGAGAAAAAUAGAGAAGGUUUUUCCUUCCCUGCCUUGUUUUUGUUCAACUUUGUUUUGUCAGUAAAUGUUAAAAUCAAUAGCAUUUCAAUUCCAGUCCUCAGUCUGAUCCAAUAAGGGUAAGAUUAUUGUCUAAACCUUUUUCAUCCAUUAUGCAUAUCGAUUAUGUUCACAAAACCCACACUAACACACACAUAUGAUGCAUAUAUCUGCACAAAUUCCAUAUUCUUCGUAUCUUAUUCCAUGAUUUGUGAUUAUCCCUAGAUUCUGCACCUGUGUAUUGAUGAUUUCUGUUAGAAAUUCAGAUUGAUAUUCUCUCAUUAUAUUUAAGAAAAAAAUGCAUAGGGUAUGCAUUUUUUUGCACAAAACCUGCAAGCUUUGGCAUAUAUUUUUAGGCUAGGUAUGUUCUCAUGCGGAUCUAAGUGAAGUGCCAAGUUAUUGUAAUUUAUGUGAAAUUUUGGUGUAGAUGAAAUAUUUUGAUUCAUGCCAUUUAACAAAUGUUAUAAACUUUUAACCCUUAGGUAACGACUGGGAUUCGUUUACAAGGAACAGCUGCCCAUACUUAAAUGGGACAUUGCUUGUGCAAGUCUUCAAAAAAAGAUAAUGAUUGUGACGAUGAUCACUUUUCCAAGGAAACUCUCAAAGCUAGUAAGGUGUCGCUAAUAACUGAUAUCAACCAGUGGGAAGAAAAGCUAUCAGAAGCAGACAAAGCUGGCAAGAUUGUUUUGGUAAACUUUAGCGCAUCAUGGUGUGGUCCGUGUGGUAAUGUAUUACCACUUUUUUGUAGUCUUGCGAAAAAAUACACAUCUAUGAUGUUCCUGGUAGUGGACGUGGAUGAGUUAUAUGAAUUUAGCACUUCAUGGGAUAUCAAAGCGACUCCAACAUUUUUCUUCCUCAAACAUGGGCGCGAAGUAGAUAAACUUGUGGGAGCCAACAAGGAAGAGCUCCAGAGGAGGACAGAGAUCAUGGCUAAGCCUCUGUUUCCAUAGUUUUUUUCUCCAGAUAUUGUGAAACUGAAAAUUAUGCCAACAAUUCUUUUUGACAUGCUUGUUUUCUUAGCUUGAAAACACUUGGUAUGUAGUAAUGCAUUAGGAGUCGAGAGUACUGGUUGUCUUCAGAUUCAAGGGAAGGAGAAAAGCAAUGUUCAAAUAUUUUCUAGUGCUCAGUCCUAGAAUUAUGACUAAUGAAGAUUAGUGAC